CGUAAUUCGGGGCGUUUAUGCAUGUGGGAAUUCCUGCACCGUUUCUUCCUCUUUUGGAAAGUCCCUGAAAUGUAGACAGCCUCCUUUUCAUAAGACAAGGACAUAAUGUUUUUACUCUGGUUGGUUGCCUAAACGGAGAGACAUACAGUCCAUCUGAAUAAUUUGCAGGAGUCUUUCCUACCAAACCUCCUGGGUGUCACCAUGAGUGUGGUAACAUCCAGUCUAUCAGGUGAUCAGGAGAAGAAACUGCUUUCUCUGUUCGGCCAUGUCCGACUCAGUCUGCUGUACAAAGCCAGUGUCCAAGGCUACACGGCAGCUGCCUUUCACGCACGCUGCAACAGCCAGGGACCCACUUUAGUCGCUGCCUACAACAAGGCUGGCUUCCUGUUUGGAGCCUACACCAGCAAAGACUACACUCAGAAUGGGCAGCCUAUUAAUGACGACAAGGCCUUCCUCUACAGCAUCAAUGAUGAAAGACAAAAUCCACUGCGUGUGUCUAGUGCCAAUGGCCAGUAUGGUUUCACAGAUGAAAACACUGGCCCGAAUUUUGGUGCCUUGGUGUUUCUGUUCAAUGACACAGCUACAGUCCAAUAUAACGCAUGGAACAGCUAUAACUUUGAGGCAGCACAUAUGCAUGGCGACGACCUGCAGCUGACUGAAUGUGAGGUUUACAGAGUGGAGGAAUUGGGAGGUUGUUUGACAAAGACUUGGAGAAACAUGCAGUGGACCUCUGAGAGGAAACGGCAGUUGAAGGAGAAAAUCAAGAACUAUAAGCCUGAUGUCAAGUCAGUGAGUCAGGCCCGGGUUCUCCUCGUGGGUCCUGUUGGGGCUGGCAAGUCCAGCUUCUUCAACUCUGUCAACUCUAUCUUCAGAGGAAACAUGACCAGUCAGGCCAUCUGUGGCAGCGCAGGCACCAGCCUGACCACCCAGUUCCGUACCUUCACCAUCAAGUCGGGGAAGAGUGGUGAGCCUAUACCCCUGAUCCUGUGUGACACCAUGGGACUGGAGGAGGCGUCAGGAGCUGGCUUGGACAUGGAGGACAUAGUCAACAUUUACAAAGGCCAUGUUCAGGACCGUUACCAGUUUAAUCCCAUGACGCCCUUGAGUGAAGAUGUACCUGGGUAUCGUAAGCAUGUCAGUCUGAAGGAUCAGAUCCACUGUGUAGUGUACGUGGUGGACGCCUGCAGAGUCUCUCUGAUGUCUGCCAAAAUUGUGGAGAAGUUUGCCGCCAUUCGCAAGAAGACCAAUCAGAUAGGUAUUCCCCAACUGGUGUUAAUGACCAAAGUGGACGAGGCCUGCCCCCUAGUGUCAGAAGAUCUGCAGAAUGUUUAUAUGAGCCACUACAUACAAAGGAAGAUCCAGGAGUUGAGUGCAUCCCUGGGCAUUCCUGUGUCCGGUAUUCUGCCAGUGAAGAACUACAGCCAGGAGCUGGAGCUGAAUCAGAACACUGAUAUCCUGAUACUCAGUGCUCUGGAUCAGAUGUUGAACUAUGCUGACAGCUUCUUCGAAAACCAGCCUGAAGAGGAAAAGGAAGGGCUCUAACCCUCUUCACAGUCCCACUGUCAAGUGUCAAUACUCUGACAAAAAUGUUUUGUAGAUAUUAUAACACGUUGCUCUUUCUUACUGCUAUCUUUACUUAGACAUUUACAUUACAUUUAAGUCAUUUAGCAGACGCUCUUAUCCAGAGCGACUUACAAAUUGGACCAUUUUUUGUGAGCUUUUUACGUGACAUGAAAAACACCUUGCCCUAAUGUUCCUUUAACACCUUAAUUCAGUUUGUGAUAGAGCUUUGAUGUGACAGUGCAAAGCAAAUUCAAGGUCGCAUUUGCCUUCUUUCAAGCAGUAGUAACGUACCUAAACAAUGCAUGCAUGUACCAAUGCAAACAGACUGUUCCCCAAUUGAGUAAAGGGUUAAAGGGAAAGGGUGGGGCCUAGUGAAUAAUCUUCUGACAAAGCAACUCUACCUGUGGACUGUUUGAAGCAUGGGAAAACAAUCUAUUUACUGUCUCUAUAAGAGAAUGUCUAUUGUAUGCAAGUGCCCCAGAGCACAGUAAAGUUGCAUCACUGUAAUUUGAAAGCAUUGUUUAUGUAGAGAGUUUUACCCUAAUAUCGUAUGUUAUUAAUUCUAUUCUUGGUAACGCUUUAGGCUUGGGUGAUGACACAAUGCACUGCAGUGUUGGUUGAUUGACAAAUUGAGUUGUUGUCCAGAGGACGAUAUAUUGCCUUUCUGUGGCUCCUGUCACCAUAUUCACUGAACUAGGAUAAGACGCAACAUGACCAAUUCAUAGUGCUACAGUGUGUGCUUUCAAAAACAAUAAACAUAAAACAUGAGAUAAAGAGAGGUGUGUUUUGAAGCCAUCUGGUGGCUACUAUACUACUAUACUGAGUCCUUGGAGUUACUACUGUAAAUUGGAAAGUAAACAAAAACAAAUUACUUAUUUGACAGGUGUUUUCAAGUUAAUGUCUCCGCAUGGUAUGUAAUUAUGAUAUUUCACACAUUCUAAAACCACUAAAAUCAUCUCUCACAGAUGCAUGUGCACACAUACACACACACACACACACACACACACACACACACACACACAGGUAGUUUCACGUUUGUGGUUAUUUGUUUCAUGUAUAAUGUUUCCUAUAUUCAAUACAUUGAUCCAAACACAUUUCCUGUUGUGCAUUCCUGAGAUGUUACAUGCAGUAUGAAUAAUAAAGAUGACAAAAGUU